AUGGAUCUUCAGCUAUGCAUGCAGCAGGCUCUGUCGCCUCUUCAUCUUGAGGAAGGUGGUCCUCCCUUUGCUGAACCAGGUGCCACUGUCUUCAUCUUCUUCUCUGGUCUUUGUAGAAAAUCUUCAGAGGUCCGACUCCAAAUUUCAGUGUUAGAGGAGUUGAAUCCAAAGCUCACCAGUGCAAAAUUCUUCUCCAAAUUGGAUGCUAAAAAUAGUUACUGGUCUGUCCAUCUGAUGGAAAGCUCUCAGGAAUUGACAACAUUUUGGACAUCGUCCGGAAGAUAUGACGACUUCAUCAAACCUACCAACACCCCACAACAGACAAUGCUGUUGAGUACAAGUUUAUCUUCACCAGCUGAACUUAUGUUUGGGAGGCAAAUUCAAACAAGCCAUUACCUAUCCAAGUUUCUACAUGUACAUGAUGAGCUACUGGAAAAACAGGGGAAGAUGAAGGAUAUGCAUACUGACAUGCAGGAGUUUCCAUCUGAAAUAACUAAGCUCUUUGCUCACAAACCCCGAGAGCACAAGGGGAUGGCUCUGCACAGUCUCACUCUCUGGGUCUCUCUAGCCUCCUUGUUUAAUGCUGCUGGAGUAUAUGGUGACUGCUGGCUCAUUGAGGGAGAGAAAGGAUUUGUGUGGCUGGCAAUUUGCAGCCAAAACCAACCCCCAUACGAAUCCAUUCCUCAGCACAUCAACAGCACCAUCGUGGACCUCCGGCUGAAUGAGAACAAGAUCAAAAGUGUCCAGUAUUCCUCACUGAACAGGUUUGGCAACCUGACAGAACUCAAUCUGACCAAGAAUGAUAUUUCCUACAUCGAGGAUGGAGCCUUUUCUGCCCAGUACAACCUGCGUGUUUUGCAACUGGGAUUCAAUAAGCUUCGGAACAUCACUGACGGUAUCCUGCGGGGACUGGGCAGGUUGGAAUAUCUCUAUCUCCAAGCCAACCUAAUUGAGGUGGUGAGUCCCAAUUCCUUUUGGGAAUGUCCCAAUAUUAUGAACAUCGACCUGUCCAUGAAUCGGUUGCAAACAUUGGAAAGUUCCACCUUCCAUGGUCUUGGCAAACUCACGACUUGUGAACUCUAUGGCAACCCAUUUUACUGCUCCUGCAAUUUGCUGGGCUUCCUGAAAUGGCUGGUGCAGUUCAACAACACCACCAGGAGCUAUGAUCGGAUGCAGUGUGAAUCCCCAUCUCGUUACGCAGGCCAUGCCUUGCUGAGCCAAAGCCAGACACAGAGCGCCUACAGCUUGCUUGUCUCAACUUGUGAUGACACCUACACCUUUGACCCCAAGUUCAUGCCUACCCGGAUGCCCCCGACCACCACCACCUCUGACAGCCCUUGCGGAGCUGAAGACUGCUCCUCAGGCGAUGAUCCCACUCCCAUUAUAACCUACCAUUCCCCUACCCGUGAAACUCGUGCACCAGUGAUAAAGGUAGAGCAUGUUACUUACACAACUGCCACUUUGUUAGUGCAGAUCCCCCGGCCUUUCAGUAAAAUGUACAUUCUGGUGCAAUACAACAACAGCUUUUAUGCAGACAUAAAGAAGUUGCAAACAGAACAAGAGAUCAUUAAGCUGGACAGGCUCCAGCCCCACACCGCUUACACAUACUGCGUGGCAUCUAUCCGGAAUGCCUUAAGGUACAAUCAAACCUGUGUCACGUUUUCUACAGGAAGCGACAAGACAAGAGGCACAGUACCGCCACCAUCAACUGCAACACACUACAUCAUGACUAUUCUUGGCUGCCUUUUUGGGAUGGUCAUAGUGCUGGGGCUGGUGUAUUACUGUCUGCGCAAGAAGAGACAACAAGAGGAAAAGCACAAAAAGCCUGGCAGUAUGACGAAGACUAUCAUUGAGCUGAAGUAUGGGGCGGAGAUGGAAGCCAGCACCAUCUCCCAGUUAGUCCAGAAACCAGUGCCGCCUUGCGAAGCCGCACCCAGGAUGCCUUUCCUUCCAUCAUCAGGGGACACAGAGUCACAUAAGCUUCAGGAGUUGAGCGAGACACCUAAAACCACCAAGGGCAACUAUAUUGAGGUGAGAACGGGGGAGUCUUCCGAUCGGAGGGACGUAGAAGGAGGUGGGCAGGGCCGGAGUUCUGCUGCAGAGAUCUCGACUAUUGCCAAAGAAGUGGAUAAGGUGAAUCAGAUCAUCAAUAAUUGCAUAGAUGCACUGAAAUCAGAGACUGGCUCUUUCCAAGGAGGUAAGGUUGGGGCCAUGGCUUCAGUGGACCCCCAGGUGCUAAUGAUCACCGAGCAACCGCAGGGCAAGCCUGGGUUCUUGUCCCCCAUUUCUAAGGAGAGUUACCAUCCACUGCAGAGGCAUAGCAGUAUCGAAGAGACCCCUAAACGCCCCAGCACCUCCUCCAGUGGCUCCGCAAGAAGUCCCAGGUCCUUCCACUCCGAUAUCUCGGUGCCAGGGCACGCCUGCAGGUCUGAGGCCCAGUACAUCGAGAAGGCAUCUCCGAUUGCGGCCAGCAGCCCGGCCGCAGUCCCACGGGCACAGCAGCGCAGCGAGCACCGCCACUCCUAUCCGGGUCGGCGCCAGGAUGAUCAGCCACUGUCAGAGGGACCGAGCGGCCGCAGCAAGCCUUCCAUCCUGGAGCCGCUUAGCCGGCCCCGGCGGGAUAUGGCAUACUCGCAGCUCUCACCUCAGUACCAUAACCUCAGCUACUCAUCCAGCCCGGAGUAUAGUAGCAAGCCGCCUCUGGGCAUCUGGGAACGCUUCAGAUUGCACAAGAAGAGGCACAAAGAGAGAGAGGAAGAGUACAUGGCAGCGGGACAUGCGCUGAGGAAAAAAGUGCAGUUUGCCAAGGAUGAGGACCUGCACGAUAUCCUCGAUUACUGGAAGGGUGUCUCCAAUCAGCACAAAUCUUGAGCCCUUGAGAUAUUGAAAGUAAUCGGACCAAAAAAACCAAUCAAACAAAAACUUUACAGCUGCUGUUUUUAACCUGACCAACUCUACUGUUCUUAAAAACUUUAAUCUCCCUCACAAGUCUGUGCACCAAAACCCUCAAAACUGAAGUCUAAAACCUGUACAAAGGAUUUCUUUUUUAAAAUUAUAUAUAUAUAAGAUAUAUACAUAUAUAAAGGACACCCAGAAGCCUUGGAAUAUUGGAUGUUAUUUAUCGCAUGACUCUGUCCUGUGACUGUGACUCACUGUAGUAUACAUGGGGCAUUAUGGUUCGUUGUACAAUGUACACUGUGACUAGACUGUGCCGUAUAAUUGUAGCUCACACACCGCUCACACCUU